AAGAGGCUUUCUUCAGCGCCUUCAAUUGAAGUUUGGUCUCUCUUCAUAGAUCGAGUUAACCCUCUCUUCUUCUUCUUCUUCUUCUUCUCUGGAACGUCGACCAACUCCAGCACCUCGCCCGCCUCGAACUUGGCAAAAUCGAUUGGGAGUUGCGAUGGAUUCGCCGGAACGUAUUAGUCGGAGUUAUGUGAAACGAGAGGUGGAUGAUGGGUCUGAUUCGAAGGGUGAUCGGGCGGGGGAGGACGAAGAGUGGGAGGGGAGUGAUAAGAGGAAGCACAGGUCGAGCAGGUCGAGGAAGUCAGGGAAUGGGGAGGACGUGGAUGGCGGUGGGAGGAGAAGAAGUCAUGGGGAUAGAAGUGAGAACCGUAAACGGUCGGGUGGGUCUAGCAAUGUGGAUAGCGAUGAGGAGGACUAUGAGUCAAGAAAAGAGUCGCGGUCUAAGGUGAUGAAGAAGAAGCAAGAGGUGAGUAGUUUGGAGAAGUUGAGCAGCUGGUAUCAGGAUGGAGAAUUGGAGAAUAGGCAAGAUGGGGGAGAUAAGUCGGGGGGUAGAGGGCUGGUUAGAGCUGAAGAAAGUGAAAGAAGGAAACUGGCUUCAAAGCUUGCACAACACGAGAAUUCCCAGACUAAAAGUAAGAGCAAAGAAGAAAGGUCUCAUGAUGGAGAACAUGAAAAGACACUGGACAGGGAUUCCAAGUAUUCCGACAGGAAAGAAAGCAUUCGAGAGAAAGUAUCCGAACAGGUGAAGACUUCAAGAAGAAAAUGGGAUGAAUCAGAUGGUGGCAAGAAAGCGGAAGAAAGUUAUAAUGAAAGAUCCGAUUCAAGAGGUGGUAAACCUGCUGAUCUUAAGUAUGAGCCUUCUAAAGAGAAAGCUGUGUCAGCAAGAAAUGAACCGAGCGAAAGUAAAAUCAGGGGGUUAGAUUCCAGCAGUGAAAGGGGUUAUAAAUCUAAUAACAAAGAAGAGAGAAAAGCUGAUGUGGAAAAGAGUAAGAGCAAAAGCAGGGGAGAAAUACUUGAAGAAGAUAACAAGGGCAGUCCUAUCACUCGUGAAGACAGAUCUGGGAAAGAGAAAGCUGAAAAGCAUAGACAGCAGAGAACUCCCACUGCUUGCGAUGCUACUGAGGCUAGGGAGAGGUUAUCUAAUGCAGAUGAUUAUGAUAGUGCAGGGAUGAAAGAUAAGGGUGCUAAAGAAUUUGGAAAUACCACCAGGUCAAGGACACCUGAGAGGACCGGGAGGCGAUAUCCGGAUUCAGAACACUUUGAGACGGAUUAUGAUCGAAGUUCUAACCUCAAGCGGAAGGAACUGGAAAAAGAUGGCUAUAGGGAUGACCGGCCUAAAGGCAGAGAUGAUUACUAUAGUGACAGGAAUAGGGACCGGGAAGUCCCCAAAGAGAACUGGAAAAGACGGCAACCCCCCAGUAAUGACAAGGAUUCCAAAAAUGGGGAUAUCAAUUAUGAUCAUAGUAGGGAGUGGGAGCUUCCGAGACACGGUCGUGAGAGGGCCGACAAUGAAAGGCCUCACGGUCGAUCUGGUAACAGAAAAGAUGGAAACCGGGGUGAAGCUGUGAAAACUUCAUCAAACUUUGGAAUUUCAAAUGAAAAUUAUGAUGUGAUUGAGAUCCAAACUAAGCCAAUCGAUUAUGGAAGACCAGAGUUGGGAUCCAACUUUUCUAGGAGAAAUGAAGUUGGCCAACAGUCUGAUGGAAAAUCAGGACCAAAUGAUGAAGAAUGGACUAGGAAGAGUGAUAUGUACGGGUCUGGACCCCCCAGGGAAGAUUCAAAGGAAAGAUAUACAGAUGAUACUACCUCGCGAGAUCAGAGUUCAUGGAAGGAUGACUUUGACACACAUGGAAUGAAGGGAAGGGGACAGAGAGGUCUUAUGCCUGGCCGCAGUGCCGGCGGCCAUAGUUCUAGUGGUGGUUCACAGCCUCCAUAUGGAAAUGCAGAGCCAGGGUCUUUCAAUAGAAAUGCUUCUCAAGGAGUGAAGGGGGGUAGAGGGGGGAGAGGAGGAAGGGGUAGGCUUACUGGAAGAGACAGCCAGCAGAUGGCAAUCCCACCUCCGAUGAUGGUUCAGAUGGGAUCACCAUUUGGACCUAUUGGAAUGCCUCCUCCAGGACCCAUGCAGCCACUUACCCCUAGCAUGUCACCAUCUCCAGGUCCGUUAAUGUUUCCAUUUCCUCCACCUGUGUGGCCUGGGGCUCGAGGUGUUGACCUUAGCAUGUUACCCAUCCCACCCUCUGUUCCUCAUGGAGCAUCAGGCCCACGAUUUCCUCCUAAUAUGGUCAGUCCAACAAGCACUUCCAUGUUUUUUGGCCAAUCUGGACCUGGAAGAGGAGGUCCUCCGAGCAUAUCUGCCCCUGGUUUUAAUCCUGCUGGGCCAAUGGGACGAGGAAUUCCUGCUGAUAAAAAUCAAGGUGGUUGGGUUCCUCAUAAAAGUAGUGGACCUCCUGGUAAAGCUCCUUCUAGAGGAGAGCAGAACGAUUACUCUCAAAAUUUUGUUGAUACUGGUAUGCGACCCCAGAAUUUCAUCAGGGAGCUAGAGCUUACAAAUGUUGUGGAGGAUUACCCCAAGCUUCGAGAGCUUAUACAGAAAAAAGAUGAGAUUGUGGAAAAAGCCGCUUCUCAUCCCAUGUACUAUAAAUGUGACCUGAAAGAGUUUGAGCUGACUCCAGAGUUCUUUGGAACCAAAUUUGAUGUGAUUCUUGUUGAUCCACCAUGGGAGGAAUAUGUUCAUCGUGCUCCUGGAGUUGCCGACCAUACAGAGUAUUGGACAUUUGAAGAAAUAAUGAAUCUUAAGAUUGAGGCAAUAGCAGACACACCUUCAUUUAUCUUUCUUUGGGUGGGUGAUGGCAUGGGUCUUGAGCAGGGCCGUCAAUGUCUGAAAAAGUGGGGAUUUCGUAGGUGUGAGGACAUAUGUUGGGUGAAGACGAACAAAACUAAUGCAACUCCUGGUUUGCGGCAUGAUUCUCAUACGUUGUUUCAGCACUCAAAGGAACAUUGCCUGAUGGGAAUAAAGGGCACUGUUCGUCGCAGCACUGAUGGCCAUAUAAUCCAUGCCAACAUUGAUACUGAUGUAAUCAUAGCUGAGGAACCUCCAUAUGGUUCAACUCAGAAGCCUGAUGACAUGUACAGGAUAAUUGAGCAUUUUGCCCUUGGUCGCCGGAGGCUUGAGCUCUUUGGUGAAGACCACAAUAUUCGAGCUGGUUGGCUGACUGUUGGUAAAGAAUUAUCCUCAUCAAACUUUCACGCUGAGGCUUAUAUCCGGAACUUUGCUGACAAGGACGGGAAAGUCUGGCAAGGAGGGGGUGGGCGAAAUCCGCCUCCAGAGGCACCUCAUCUGGUUGUAACAACCCCUGAUAUUGAAGCCCUUCGGCCCAAGUCACCAAUGAAAAACCAGCAGCAGAUGCAGCACCAGCAAUCAGCAUCCAUUUCUCUGACAGCAGGAAAUUCCUCCAACAGAAGGCCGGCUGGAAACUCCCCACAGAAUCCAACCGGUUUAAGUAUGAACCAAGAAGCUUCAAGUUCCAAUCCCUCAACUCCAGCUCCUUGGGGUUCUUCGCCAAUGGAGGGUUUUAAAGGUAGAGAGGGAAGUAUUAUGCCUUCAGAUGAUGAGGUUUUUGAUAUGUAUGGUUUUAGUGGACAGGCAAAUGGAGACUAUAUAGAUUUUGAGGCUCACAGACACAUGAAUUUGUUGUAAUGAGAUAAGUACUCGAAAUUCUCUGUAAUUCUUUUUCCCUCAAAUAUAAAUGGAAAGAAAAGGCGCACUGUUGUGCGUGCA